AUGACCCUAUUUGUUCGCCCUCUAGAGGCAGAAGCUGCGUUCGGAAUGGAGCUUUUUGGCGGCUAUGUUUGGAUGAAAGUGAAAAUUCCAUUUCCGAUGCUUGAAAAGCUUGCAGCCACCUUAGGUUUGUUGGAGACUGAACCACUGCAAGCAAGAGAUGAAGAUGCAGUAGCCAGUGCUGACUUUUCUAGCAUGCUAUCAGAGGAGGAAAAAGAAGAGCUAAAGGCAGAAUUAGUUCAGCUAGAAGACGAAAUUACAACUUUACGACAAGUCUUAUCAGCGAAAGAAAGGCAUCUGGUUGAGAUAAAACAAAAACUCGGCAUGAACCUAAUGAAUGAAUUAAAACAGAACUUCAGUAAAAGCUGGCAUGACAUGCAAACUACUACUGCCUACAAGAAAACACAAGAAACCCUGAGUCAUGCAGGGCAGAAGGCAACUGCAGCAUUCAGCAAUGUUGGGACCGCCAUCAGCAAGAAGUUUGGGGACAUGAGAUCUCACUCUAUUGGCUACUCCAUUCGCCAUUCCAUAAGUAUGCCUGCUAUGAGGAAUUCUCCUACUUUCAAAUCAUUUGAGGAGAGGGUUGAGACAACUGUCACAAGCCUUAAGACGAAAGUAGGCGGGACAAACCACAGCGGAGGCAGUUUUGAAGAGGUGCUCAGCUCCACGGCCCACGCCAGCGCCCAGAGCUCCGCUGGAGGCCCCCGGCGGGUUGAGGAGGAAGGGGAGCUGCAGUGCUAG